AGUCUUGAACGUACCGUCGUUUGGGCAGGGUAGUUGCGGUCGGUUGUUUGUUUGCUGAGUGUCGCGAAUUCUGGGUGUAUCUAUAUAGUUCUGAAGAAGUGAUUUGAUUCGAUAUUUUCGUGCUUUGUGUUUGAUUGCCGGUUUACGCGCGUCGUUUGAUGAGUUUUUUUUCGUUAUUUUACGCCAGCAUGUAACUUCUGUUCUACUAUCGUGUUUAUCGUGUUAUAAAUUUUGGCUAACUUGGCAGUUGAAGAUCGUGUCCAACUGACUUUGAACUUGAAAAAUUUCGGAAGGCUUGGUCGCGGGACACAAUAGAAGGUGACAUUAAUUGUGCAUUCUUGGCGGAAAAGUGAAACGGCUUUGCAGCAGUUUUAUGAGUGCUUUAUAAUACACCGUCUCAAGUGUCGGGUUUUGUUUCGUAAAUAUUAGCGAGUGAUGUUCAUAUUUCGAUGAUGGAUGGAUAGAUGGAUGAGUCAAACAACGUUCCCUGGAUUAUUAUAUUGAUGACUGCAUGCAUGUUUAUCAACUCAUCAAUUUCACGGGGUGGCGAGUGGCAACUUGAAGAUAACAGCAAAUUUUAUUUUCGUUGAGGAAAAAAAUAAGUGUGUUAAACCUGUUCAGUUCACGUGCUUGCUAUCGCCCACUUAUUAUGGUGUAUAAUUGGAUGCAUAGAUAUGCAAAUUCCGUGAGUGUGAGAUGUCUGGGAAUAGAGAAGAUGAUGCAAACACACAACAGAUCCGAAUGAAGUGCUGAAGCAAGUGCUUCUGUUGCUCACUUAUGGUAAUUGGAAGAAGCAUAUUGAUGAUUUCUGAUAGUUGAACGAAUAUUUCAACCAAAAUAUUGAUGAAGGCGGGUCAAUAAAAGGCCGAAGAAAAACACGAAGCUUUCUGUACGAUUGAGAAGUUUGUGUGCAAGAUGGAAAAUUAAUUACCACUCGACUCGGCCAAAAUUGAUGCAUUCGGAGUGAUAUGUGUUGGUUCCAAUAUCGAAAUUGGCUUCUGUACGCGUAGGAUUAGUGGAGUAGGUAAUUGUUAAAAAAAAAGAAAAAUCGUGAAGUUGUUUGGUGUAAUCAACUUUCACAACAGAGCCUACAUCAGUGGAGAUAUUGAAGUCAAAAAAUCAAAAUUCAAAAGUGAAAUCGAUUCGUGUGUCCAUUACCUGGUGCCAGUGUAUAUUAUCAAUUCACUCAACUCCAACAAAAAUACUUGCCGACUUGAAGGCUUCCAUCAGUGGUAUUUUUUAAACGUCGUCGUCGCCAAGAUUUGAGAGAUGAUCUCAUAGGCUUGUCACCAGUCUUCGGCCAACGACACCAGACAUUGAACGCUGCAGAGACCAAUCUCUGACCAGACAUCCUUCUCCAGAACAACAACAACAACAACAACAGAAAAAGAUAACUCCUGGCGAAUACUUCUGAGUUCGUGCAAGCUGAUUCUUUUCUUCAAUACAGACUCUUCUCCAAAUGUUGUUGAGGUCGGAAAAAUCAACAUGGAUCGCUCAACAACUUUACAGCAGAUAAUGGAAUUUUAUCACCUCUGAAUUGCUAUACUCAAAUACUAAAGGUAACGUUCAAACCUCGCAUCCAUGAUGCGGUGGUUCAAGCGAUCCACCGACUCCCCAAGACUGCUAAGCCUAUCACCUCUAAGGCAUUCGGAUCCGAAUGCGGCUAAUGAUGGCCGUUACGGCGAAUCACGAUCCCCAACCAAUGGAAGCGCUCAUACUGAUGCAGACGGAGAUCAACCACCUGGCCCAGGUCCAGGAGGAUCUGGAUCGGAACCACCUUGCCGACUUCCAGGACCUCUACUGGAUCUAUUCGCCUCUUCCUCGAUCAGCUCAUCGACCUCGUCCGGAUCGGCAUCGCUGACUACCUUGAGCUGCAGUUCACCCUCAGCUACCUCAUCCUCGCCAUCAACCUCUACUACUUUUUCCUACUCCAGCGAGGCAGGAAACGGAACCCUUGUGACUGCAUCCGGUGGCAAGAAACAAGCAGCACCAGUUGCCAGAAAAUCGCGCAUUGAUUUAUCGCCAGUGAACUGGACGAAGAAGUCAUCCAUCAACUGUUACAAUAUCGAGGAGGGACGUGUUGUGGAGAGGCCAAAAGGUCGCUACAUUUCGCCGAUUAGGAUAAAGAACAAACACCAGGCGCAACUCGCGAAUGGCGCAAACGGUACGCAUACGCCUGUAAGUAGGCGCAUACUACAGCGUGAUAAAGCUCCAGCAGAGGCAUCUGAAUCACCUGCCGAUGGAACCUUGGCUCGAAGUUUAAGUAAAUCGAUCGGCAAUUUGAAUGCGACGUUUGGUGAAAGCAAAAGUCCUUCGCUGAGUCACCGGUCGAUCGUUUAUCGCGAGAAGGAGAAGAAAAACCCACUGGGCAGUACAAGGCUUUCAUGUUAUCAGCCGAUAAAUUUCGAAAACAGCAGCGAUAUCGGAACAAAAAGUUUGCUGUACAAAUCAGUCGACGACUUAAUCUUCCUGAGCGGCGGACUGACCGCAGAGAAUUGCGAAAGUGACUUUUCCGGCCCAGCCGAUAACAACAAUAAAGAACAAAACGGGUCAAAUGCAGCAACGUCCCUUAAUAAUAGCUCCAACAACAAGAACACAACAGAAAGUCAGCUCAACCAAAGUCUUCUUAUCAGUAGUUGCGUUAGUAGUAAUUGCGCCAUCAACACAAGAGGAGCGCCAACGACGUCUUCCAGCAGCUUAUCAGUAGUAGUGGCCGCAGAAUCCGAUGAACCAAAGAACGAUCGCUCCAACAUGGCAGCAAGUGGACUAGUGGAUCACGACGAAACCUACGGGUUCGCCCAGCUCCGUUGUAAACCCUCCAUCGAGCAAAUGUACCAAAUGAAACUGGACGCGCUUAAAGAUGAGGAAAAGCUCAACGAUUCCAGCAACUUUAAAACGCCUCACAAAAAGAAGGAAAACUUCACCCACAAAAUCAAAGCAAUGUCCGACCGCACCCAGAAGCUAUUCUCAAAAAUCUACUCAAACAAUUCCGCCUACAAAGGAAGCAGCACCACCCCCGUUCAAACACCACACAUUUCACCUUCGAAAUCGCUCAAAAAGUCCCCCUCCAAAGUGUCUGCCAAUCGGAGAAGCAUGAGCUAUGGCGCCCUUCCUGGCUUAACAGAUUUCCAAAAAUCCCUGGAAAAAUCUCACCAGGAAGAGCAGCAUCGACAUCAGCAGCAACAACAACAUCAAAACCCAGAUUCUGGAGAAGACUGUGAUUCCGGUAUCAUAGUCAACGAAUCGGGUGCCUCCAGCAUACUCCUGGACGGAGAAGAUUCGGCCUUUCUGCCGCACAUUCCCCAGAAACAACUACUAAACAGUUGUAGCAGUGAGAAUACGGAAUUUAAACUUGUAAGGAUUAGGUUAGACGAGCAGGUUUCGGUACCGUCUGGGACAGGUGAAGAUGUCAACAGUCUAGGGAUCAUCGUUAGUCACAUGGGCAACGGUGAUGGGGAGAUCAGCAAUCGGUACAAGGUGGCCCACGUGCUUCCUGGAGGAUUGGUAUCGGCGGAAGGAACCAUCCAACCGAACGACGAAAUCGUCAACAUCCUCGGCAAACGGCUGCGGGGCCUCUCGAUGCGCCAGGUCCAGGAACUGCUCAACAGUUGCUCCCGUCGGUGUUCUGGCCGGACCAGCAUAGAUCUUGUCAUUUGUAGGAGCAAAGUAAGUGACAAUGAUCCUCAGUCAGCAGCCAAAAACACCACCUCUGAGGAAAGCGAUCAACAAACGCUGGUGAAUCGACGGUUGUUCCGAAAUAAUCGAAUGAUUUCACUGGACUCGUACCUGGACGAUGAUAAACCAGUGCUGCGGUCGCCCGUCAUGGCUCAUGGAAGCAGCAGCGACGAGCAGCAGUACAGUGAUGCCAGCAGCUCAGACCAUGACACCUACACGUCCGUCGCUAUUAAAAUCGAUGGUAACAAGUUUAAUACCCUGGGUACGCCACGCCGUCAGAAGCCGCUGUCGCUGUCCAGCUUCCACAAACGUCAGCUAUCUCCAGCGCCAUCUUCACCACCUCCACCACCCCCUUCGCUUCCACCACCUUGCGAUUUGCCUAGCAUCGACGUCGAUUCACAGCCUCCCUCACUGGAUUGUGCCAAGCGACGAUCGUUCACCAAAAACAGUAACAGCACCUCCAGCAACGGCCCUAGCAAUAGUUCCUCCAAGUUGAUCCGUCGCUCCCUGGUGGGAAAACAACAAUCCGGCUACAGUCCCAGCCAUGUGACCAAAAGCUCAAUAAACCUUUGCGACGAUGAGAAGCUGGAACUGAGCGGAGGCGCGUCCGAUGAUGCCGAAACGAGCAGCGGAACCAGUUCGCUGGAAAUGGAAAAGACCAUGACCAACUUCUGUACUCUGCCGCGGAGACCAAAAAGCUCGCUCUGUUCCUUCCAUACGGUGACUUUCGAAAAGGGUCCUGGCAAAAAAUCGCUAGGAUUCACCAUCGUUGGAGGUCGAGACAGUCCUAGAGGUGCGCUAGGGAUAUUCAUCAAAAGUAUCCUGCCCACGGGACAGGCAGCAGAAAUGGGAAGAUUGAAAGCCGGCGAUGAGGUACUGGCAGUCAAUGGGCAAGUUUGUCACGAUCUGACUCACCAGGAAGCGGUAAAAUUGUUCAAAAGCAUCAAAACGGGCGAAAUCGUUCUGCAGCUGUGUCGGAGGAAUAAAACACAUCGGGAAGAAUUCGCUGCUCAGUGUUAGGGUUAAAUUUUUCGAGGAGAGCAAACCUUAGUUUCGAAAAGGCUGUGUAGAAUCUUUACAAUAGGGUUUAAGAAAUUGUGCAAUCCGUGAUUCGAGAAUUAGGAAGGACCAACCAAUCUACUUAUUUUUCGAAAGACUUAUUAUUUAAGGGCAAUCUUGUGUAUCAUAAAGCGUGUAGCGUCUACGAUCAAAUUUCAUGUAGUAGUGAAGAUAGAUGAUAGUUAUUGUGGCAGUAAAUAUUACCAUUUCAAGAAUUUGCAUUUGGUUGUGAAAGAAUAUCGAUACUUGAAGUGUUGAACUUUAUUCAUGUAAUUACGAACAAAAUAAAUACACAAUUUAUCUACUUA